AUGGUGCCAAAUACAAUUGAUGAAUGUGAUGAACCACUUGUUAUAGAAGAGACUGACGAUGGAUAUGAAAAGACAAAUCAUGGAAAAGUUACUGUAGAUUCAUCUAUAUUGGAAGCCGAAGGUGUAAGUAAUUUUAAAUAUUCCUAA